CGGGCCAACAUGACCCUGCAGUGCACCAAGUCAGCUGGACACUGGAGGAUGGUGGUGUGGGAUGAGGAAGGUUUCCAGGGCCGACGGCAUGAAUUCACAGCCGAGUGUCCCAGUGUGCUGGAGCUUGGCUUUGAGACUGUGCGAUCUCUGAAAGUCCUGAGUGGAGCGUGGGUGGGCUUUGAGCAUGCUGGCUUCCAAGGACAGCAAUAUGUGCUGGAGAGAGGCGAUUACCCUGGCUGGGAUGCCUGGGGUGGCAACACAGCCUACCCCGCCGAGAGGCUCACCUCCUUCCGGCCUGUGGCCUGUGCUAACCACCGCGACUCAAGGCUGACCAUCUUUGAGCAGGAGAACUUCCUGGGCAGGAAAGGCGAGCUGAGCGAUGACUAUCCCUCUCUGCAGGCCAUGGGCUGGGAUGGCACUGAAGUGGGCUCCUUCCACGUUCAAUCUGGGGCGUGGGUUUGCUCCCAGUUUCCUGGCUACCGAGGUUUUCAGUACGUACUGGAGAGCGAUCACCACUCAGGUGACUACAAGCACUUCAGGGAGUGGGGCUCCCAUGCUCACACCUUCCAGGUGCAGAGUGUGCGCAGGAUCCAGCAGUGAGCUGGCACAGGCGACCUGGGGUGCCUGCGUGAUGACGACGGAGUAACUGGCCGGAGGAUGUGGCAGCUCUUGAUUCUGGCUACCCCUGUGUCCUCUGGGAACCCCACACCCCUGUCAGCCAGCCCAUGCCCCG